AUGGAUUCCCACAGUGGUCCCUAUCUCAACCAUAAGGCUCUCUGCUCACCUCUGGGUGCAGCCCGGCUAUGUCAGUUAGCUUUGGGCUGUGCUGUGAUCGCGAUGGUGACCCACACUGCUGGCUACAGCGGCUCACACGGCGUGUUCUGCAUGGCGGCGUGGUGUUUUUGCUUCGCCAUGUCAGUGCUGGUGUUCUUCCUGGAUGCAACUCGUCUCUACAGCUACCUGCCCGUAUCCUGGGACAACCUCACAGUCACGUGUGCUGCCUUUGCCACGCUCAUGUAUGUGACAGCCUCUGUCGUUUACCCUCUGUUCUUUGUGCAAUCCGAGUGCCCUUACGCUGGCUGUGAUGUUAGAAAUUUCCGCAUUGCCGUCACCGUCUGCUCCAUCCUGGGGACUCUGGCCUACGGGGCGGAAGUGGCCUUGUGCCGAGCAAGGCCAGGCCAGAUUGUGACGGGUUAUAUGGCCACAGUGUCCGGCCUUCUCAAAGUUGUUCAGGGCUUUGUAGCCUGCAUCAUCUUUGGUGCACUGGCCAACCAGAGUCAGUAUUCCCAGUAUGCAGGCACAAUCUACUGUGUUGUUGUCUAUGCUUUCUGUUUCGCUCUCACAGCACUGGUGAUCAUAAUGACUGUAUGCAAGCGUACCAAGGCUGUGUGCUGCAUGCCCUUUGACCGCUUUGUGGUAGUGUGCACCCUCCUCGAAGUACUGCUCUACCUGAGCGCAUCAGUGGUGUGGCCAGUGUUCUGCUUCGACACAAAAUACGGCUCCCCAUGGAGACCGUCGUCCUGUCCACAGGGGAAGUGUCCGUGGGACAGCAAGGUUGUGGUGGCUGUGUUUUCCUUCGUCAACUUUGGACUGUAUUUGGCCGACCUGAUCUAUUCCCAGAGGAUAAGAUUCGUCUCCUCACAUAGGCCCAGUAACUCGCGGGCCUAG